AUGGCGACUUUUGGGCACACGAGACACGUCUUCGGCGCAAUUACUCGAGCAUCAAUAUCGCGAAUAUAUUGUCAGCGUCUCUUGACCAAGACAUCUUGGCACUCAACGCGUACAAUUCACGCUCAAGCUCAAGAGUUCCUACAAUCGAACCAGCCUGACUGGACUGAAUCACAACGUACUGUACGCGAAGCAAUAGCGAAGAUAUGCGCCAAGUACCCACCUGAAUACUGGCUGAAGAAGGACAAUGACCACUCCUUCCCGCACGACCUUCACCAAGACAUGGCCCGAGACGGCUGGCUUGGCAUCUGCAUGCCUUCUGAAUAUGGUGGAUCCGACCUAGGCAUCUCCGAAGCAGCAGUGAUGAUGCAGACGAUAUCAGAGUCUGGAGCUGGAAUGGCUGGGGCCAGUUGUGUGCACAUGAAUAUCUUUGGUCUGGAACCAGUUGUAAAAUUCGGCACAGAAGAACAGAGACGAAAAUUCCUGGUCCCGUUGAUUGCUGGUAAGGAGCGAGCGUGCUUUGGAGUGACAGAAAACACAGGCCUCGACACGUUAAAGCUACAGUCAUUCGCGGCAAAGAAAGAAGGCGACGAUCACUACGUGCUCAAAGGCCACAAGAUCUGGACUUCAACCGCUCAAAUUGCCGAAAAGGUCCUAAUAUUAGUCCGAACAACCCCCCUCGAUCAAGUCAAAAAACCCACCCACGGCCUAUCCCUAUUCUACACCGACCUCGACCGCUCCAAAGUCCAAGUCAACGAGAUAAUAAAAAUGGGCCGCGCAGCGGUCGACACCAACAUCCUCCUCUUCGACGACUGGCACGUCCCCGCAACCGACCUAAUCGGCGAAGAAGGCAACGGCUUCAAAUCAAUCAUUCAAGGCAUGAACGCCGAACGUAUCCUGAUCGCAGCCGAAGCACUCGGUCUAGGAUACGCCGCGCUCCGUCACGCGAGCAUCUAUGCCAAGGACCGUGUCGUGUUCGGUCGGCCGAUAGGAAAGAACCAGGCUAUUCAGCAUCCGCUCGCCGAUUCUUGGAUGAAGCUUGAAUCAGCGAGGUUGAUGGUGUAUCUUGCGGCGAGGCUGUAUGAUCAGGGGUAUGAUACGGGUGAGUAUGCUAAUGCGAGUAAGUAUUUGGCAGCAGAGGCAGCUUUUGAAGCGUGUGAGCGAGCUGUGUUGGUUUUGGGUGGGAAUGGGUAUGCUAAAGAGUAUCAUGUGGAGAGAUAUCUCAGGGAGUCUUUGAUUCCUCGUAUUGCGCCUGUUAGUCGAGAGAUGAUUCUCAACUACGUUGGCGAGAAGGUGCUGGGUCUACCGAGGAGUUAUUGA